AUGAAAACUAAGUCUAAACCAUCAGCUCAAAAUACCAGUCAACUAAAUGCUCCGGAUGCAAAUACCUCUGGCUCUGGCAGGAUUGCAAAUACCUCCAACAUUGAAACAACGAGACAGGGCCAGAAACAAUCAGUUGUUAUUGCAGGAGACUCAAUUAUUAAAAAUAUUAUCGGUCCGAAGAUGAAUGCUGAAGAUCCUAAUCAUUAUUUUAUUGUAAAGCUGUUCCCUGGAGCAACAGUCACAGACAUGGAGGACUUUGUCAAGCCACUAACAAGAAGAACACCGGACAAGAUGAUUUUACAAGUUGGAACAAACGACCUAAGUCAUUGCACGCCAAAAGUAAUAGCUGACUCUAUCGUCAACAUUGUAACGCAAGUAAAAGAAGAUUCACCAGGUACAGAUGUUGGAAUAUCAGCCAUUCUGGUAAGGUCUGAUAAUCAUGACUUAACUGUUAAAGCUACUCAGGUUAAUAACAUUCUUAAAGGCUAUUGUAUUCGCAAAAAAAUUCCCUUCUUAAGUAAUUCAAAUAUGAAUGAAAGCCACCUAAACAUGAAGGGCCUUCAUCUAAAUGGACAAGGUAGGUUAGCUUUACAACAAAACUUUUUAGAUUUUGCUAAAUCUAUCUUAGAUUGA